GCGGGGCGGCGGCCUCCGGGCGUCACGCACGCCGGGCCGGGCCGGGCCGGGGCGGGCCGGACGGGGCUUCCUCCGAGGCGGCCGCGCCGACGCGGCGGCUGCUGCUCCUGCUGCUGGGCCCUUAAGAUGGAGCCGCCGGCGCUGCUGGUGGCGCCCGGCCCGCGCGGGGCCCCUCAGGGCGGCGGCGGCGGCGGCGGGCCCGGCCGGCUCCGUCGCGGCGCGGCCGCCCCGGGCAGCCCGAGCCCCGCGCGCCGCCGCCUGCUGCUGCUGCGGGGCCGGGAAGAUGGCGCGGAGGCCGGGGCGGCGGGUGCGGGCCCGAGCGCCGCGCCGAGCUCGCCGGGCCCCGACGACGGCGACGCCUUCGUGGUGCUGCUGGAGGUGGCGCGCGGCGGCGCGGCCGACGGGCCCGAGCGGCGGGGGGAGGCCGAGGCCGAGGCCGAGGCGGGCGCCGGCCGCCCCCCGCCGCCGGGCCCCGCCGCCGCCGCCGCCGCCGCCGCCCCCGGGCUGGGCGCGGGCCUGGCGGGCACCGUCACCCUCAACAGCCACGACCUGCUGGUGCGCUUCGACCACGGCGUGUUGACGCUGGCGGCCGCCGCGCCGCCCCCGCCGCCGCCGCCGCAGCCCCCCGGCUCGCAGCCCGCGGGGCCCCCCGCGCCGCCGCCGCCGCCCGCCGAGGAGGCCGCGAGCCCGGCCGAGGGCCGCCGCGCCGCGCCCGCCUACCGCUGCCCCGAGCCGCAGUGCGCGCUCGCCUUCGCCAAGAAGCACCAGCUGAAGGUGCACCAGCUGACGCACGGCGCCAGCCAGGGCCGCCGGCCCUUCAAGUGCCCGCUGGACGGCUGCGGCUGGGCCUUCACCACCUCCUACAAGCUCAAGCGGCACCUGCAGUCGCACGACAAGCUGCGGCCCUUCGGCUGCCCGGUGGCCGGCUGCGGCAAGAAGUUCACCACCGUGUACAACCUCAAGGCGCACAUGAAGGGCCACGAGCAGGAGAGCCUGUUCAAGUGCGAGGUGUGCGCCGAGCGCUUCCCCACGCACGCCAAGCUCAGCUCGCACCAGCGCAGCCACUUCGAGCCCGAGCGGCCCUACAAGUGCGACUUCCCCGGCUGCGAGAAGACCUUCAUCACCGUGAGUGCGCUGUUCUCCCACAACCGCGCCCACUUCAGGGAACAAGAACUCUUCUCGUGCUCCUUCCCUGGCUGCAGCAAACAGUAUGACAAAGCCUGUCGCCUGAAAAUCCACCUGCGGAGCCACACAGGUGAAAGACCUUUCAUCUGUGACUCUGACAGCUGUGGCUGGACCUUCACUAGCAUGUCCAAACUCCUGCGGCACAAAAGGAAACACGAUGACGACCGGAGGUUCACCUGCCCCGUGGAAGGCUGUGGGAAGUCAUUCACCAGGGCAGAGCACCUGAAGGGCCACAGCAUAACCCACCUGGGCACGAAGCCGUUUGAGUGUCCUGUGGAAGGGUGCUGUGCCAGGUUCUCGGCCCGCAGCAGUCUGUACAUUCACUCCAAGAAGCACGUGCAGGACGUGGGUGCCCCGAAGAGCCGCUGCCCAGUCUCCAGCUGUAACCGACUCUUCAGCUCCAAGCACAGCAUGAAGGCACAUGUGGUCCGACAGCACAGCCAGCGCCCAGAUCUGUUCCCUCAGCUCGGAGCUCCAAGUUCUCUGACCUCCAGCAGCGAGCUGGGCAGCCCGGGCCAGAGCGAGCUCAACAGCCUCGACCUGGCGGCACUCUUCUCCGAGGCGCCCAGCGAGAGCGGCACCAGCGCGGCGACCCCUGACGAGGCGCUCAACUCGGGAAUGCUGACGAUUGACGUGACUUCCGUGAGCUCCUCUCUCGGGGGGGCCCUCCCCGCUAACGGUAGUUCCUUAGGGCCCAUGGAACCUCUGGUCUUGGUGGCCCACAGUGACCUUCCUCCCAGCCUGGACAGCCCUCUGGUGCUCGGGCCGGCGGCCACCGUGCUUCAGCAGGGCAGCUUCAGCAUGGACGACGUGCAGGCCAUGAGCGCCGGCGCCUUAGGCUGUCUGGUAGCGCUGCCCGUGAAGAACUUGAGUCAGGACCCGCAGGCUCUGCCCGCCAGCGGCCGCGCAGCCGAGGACACCAGCACCCCGCCCCCCGCCCGUGCCGCCCAGGGAAGCCCCAGCGUGCCGGAGCUGCUGGCUCCCGUCAAAGUGGACCCGGACUCCCCUGCUGGCCCAGGCGUGGCCGGGCAGCAGGAGCACAGCAGAGGCCUGCCCCGGACUGUGUGCUCCAGCCCCGCAGAGAGGCCCAGUCGCCAGAAAGAGCCGGGGCUCGGUGCAGGGGACAGCUGCUUCUAUUUGGACAGUGGGGGCUCAGCAAGAACUGAUUCCCGAGCCAUUCAACUAGCCAAGAAAAAAAAGCAGAGAGGACCUGGGAGCGACACAGGAGCCGCCGCGUCUGCUCAGAGAAAAGUCAGAGGUGGCAAAGCCAGUCCCACUCCCUGCCACGCAGACCAGAGUGGGUGGCUCUGCGGGAACCUGGUGGUGCCCAGUGGCAGCCUGCCGGGGCCCGCCGCAGCUGCCGGCGCGCCGUGCGUGCAGGUCCAGUCACCGCAGGAUGACCCCGUGGGAGAAGGAGUCUUGCCGCUGGCCCUGAGCCCACAGCCGUCCACCUUCCACCCAUUCUAUGCCACCGUGGACCUGCCCGUCUAUGUGCUCCAGGAAGUGUCUCCCGCCGCCGAUGCCGCCGCCGGGCCUCAGGACCCGCUGAGCACUGGGAGCACCAUUAACCUGCAGGACCUGCACUGAGGCGGCCUCGGGGCAGCCAGCCUGGGGGGACGCCCCGGUUUCCGCUCAGCCCACCAGCCUGUUCUUCAGAGACUCCGCUGACAUUCGUCCAGGACGCGGGGCUCACAGUUAGGAAGCUGUGUGGCAGGAGCAGAGCACGGGGAGGCGCCAGGCCCGCCUUGGAGUGCACCCCCCGCUCCCCACUCGCCUCUGCGGACAGCCCUGGGCCGGUGCACCUGCUCCCGGGAGCACAGUCGGGGCAGAGCACAGUCAGGGCUGGGCUCCAGACCCGCAGUCCAGGAUGCUUCCUCCCGAGGUCAGACUGGACAGGGUCUUUGUGUCCCUGGGUGUGAUGGGAGCGUUUGCCUGGCCCACCGAGUGCGAGAGGGGGUGUCUGCCCUCCCCGGGCCAUUUACCACCUCGGGCAUGGGGGGUUCUGGAGGCAGGUUUGCACUUGCGCACCAGGGCUCAGCAGCGGCCCCGUCACCGUGCUCAUCGCAGGGCAGCUGUCUAGUCCGGGUUCUGGGGGACCAGGUGGGCGCCUGACGGGAGGCGCCAGUAGUGGGACAGAGAGGGGGACCCUGUGGUGGGUCUCUGCACAGACUCAGCUUAGAACUCCCCCUCCAGGGAAAGUCCAGUUUGUGCUUUAAUGACCGUUUUCGAGGCUCUGUCUUUAGGUAUUAACAUUUGCUAGUGAUCUGGCCCCAGGCCCUCGAGUUCCGGGUACUGUAAAUGCUGUGCAGAACUGUGGUACUGGCGUCCUUGCUGAGGGUGGGGGCAGCCCUCUCGGCUGUCCCCGCAUACUCUUGACAGGGGGAAGGUCUGUCUUGGAAAAGGAGACGAGUUGGGUAAGCGUGCACGUAUGUGUCUUUGUUGAUUUGACUGGGUGCAGGUUUCUCCCUCCCCUUCCCCCUUUCGUGCCUUUUGAAGAAAUGUUUAUUCAGACACUAUUUUGAUUCUCAAGACUUGGAGUCAUCCAAACUCUC